CAUGGCGUGACUUGCCCUCGCGUCCGUCUCCCACCAACGUCAUUGAUAAAGACACUUGCAUUGCGUCGCCCUGAAUCCAUCCACUUCGAUUGCGGUCAAACCAACAAAAAGCAUGAUCCUCGUGCCGCAAACCGACGUGCACGCGGACGGGGGAUCGGAGGACCCGUCCAAGGCCACGCCACUCAGCAGUCGUACUGUCCGCAUACCCCAAACUGUCCGAACGAACCAGCGCGCUCGACUUCGGCAACCCCCCGGUAUCGCGGCUACAGUAUCCCAAAAGCCAACACCGAGUCCACUCUGGACCUUCUUGCUACUGGGACUGGUGUUUUGCCUGUUGGAUUUUGCCUACAUUUUCAAAUUCGUCAUGGACGAUCGAUUCUAUGACGGCCCGCAACCCACGCCUCUCGUUGAUCGGAACAACACCAGAGUACCUGGAAAGUCGGAUUUUCUAAUGCAAGCACCGCUCAUGCCUGAUCUUGCAGACGACGAGAACGACAGAUCGAGAGACGAGUCCGAAGAUACGCAAGAAGAUGUCAAAAGCGAUGCGGAGGAUAGCGAAGAAGCCGACAUGCCAUCCACACAAGAAAAGCAAAAAGACACGGCAGGAGUGAAACCUGCCCUCCGUAAGAACGUUCCGAAUCACGAUGUCGAGACACCCGCAUUUCACGUUGACUUCGACCCAUUAUCGGAAAGCAGCCACAUUCUCAAUCUUCUACAUGAAGCUGGCGUCGAGCUCAAUGCCGAAACGUACGCUCGUCUCCCGCAAUGGUCCGAUGUAACUGCAUUGUAUGGUUCAAAGCCUGUCUUUGUUGGAUUGGAAAGCUGCAAGCGGUUCCAGUCGAUGGGCAUUGCUGCCGAUCAUUUCGUAUCGGUUGCCGGUACAUUCAAUACAGGCACCAACGCCUUGUCGGAAAAUCUCAUUGCCAACUGCCACAUGCCCAAACGCAUCAAAAAGUACGGCGCGCGAAAUCGUGGGGUGCGCUGGCAAGUGAACUGGGGCAAACAUACGCCAGUUGGGGACGAACAGUUUCGCCAAGGUCAUCGGACUUACAACACUACCGAUCCUAGCUUGGCAACGGACAACAUCUUUCCCGGUGUUGCAAUCCGGGAUCCCUACAAAUGGAUGCAGAGUAUGUGCCGACACGAGUACGGAGCUAGAUGGCGGCACGACAAAUCUCGGCACUGCCCCAAUCUAGUACCGAACAAUGAGGAUCGCGCAGCAUUCCCAGUUUUGCGACCGCUCAACGUGACCAGCGUGCCCGUUCGGGUCGUGUACGCGGAAUUUGAGCGACAUCACGCCAGUCUAGCGCAUUUUUGGAACGAUUGGUACCAGGAAUACGUCAACGCAACGUUUCCUCGGUUGCUUGUAAGGUUCGAGGAUUUAGUCUUCCAUCCCCAACUCGUCACAAAAACGGUUUGCGAAUGUGCCGGCGGAGAAAUGAACAAGCGCCCAUUCAAGUAUAUUGUGGAAUCGGCCAAGGUCGGCAGCGCACAUGGUCCUGAAAAAGCCAAGACGAGCUAUGUAGACGCUAUCGUCAAGUACGGUACCGAAAAAUCGCGAUAUGACGCUGUUUGGCUACAAAUACCAUGA